UCCUACUUGUCUCUCUCUCUCUCUGCUUCCUUGUUUCCACACAACAACAAAAUCUCUCUUACAAGAAAUCCUCAUCUUUGAACCAUAUGGCUACUGUUGUAUAUCAAUCUUACUUUGAGUCUCAGCACUUUGAGCCAAGGGCUCUAAAACUCAGACUCUCUUCUCCUAAUAAUCUUCAUCUAUCCACACCUCUCAAAUCCCAUUUUCAAGACUCUCCCAUUACUCCACAAGAGAGCAAUACUACCACUAAUGCAGCCUCCUUGUCCACACCAGGUCCCAACCCGGGAUCUAACUCAGUAAGUUGGAGCUUCCUCGAGUCCCUUUCAAACUCGAGCUCCAAUGAUGAAGAGAAGAAGACAUUAUCUCUGUUUCAGUCCCCAUCUUCACGUAGAACUCUCAGCGAUGAGAGCCUAGCAUUGUGCACUGAGAGCCUAGGGAGCGAGACGGGUUCUGAUAUCAUUCAUGAGGAUGAAUACUUGUUCUCUGUUUCAUCCGAAUCACAAACAGUGGAAACUAGAACUGCGUCUGCUACAUCAAGACCAUCACGACAAGAUAAGAGGAGAAAUGCUAUGGCUUCGCUUCCACCUCCUUUGACAAGUAUGAGCGGUUUUGAUUGCAUUGAAGUAAAGUCUCACCGUGAGAAUGGAAGAUUGGUAAUGACGGCAGCUAAACCUCCUCCGCGUAACCGGUGCCUUCAGGACCGAAGCAAUGGCUGUGUCAGACUCGCGAUAUUGAUUGGUUCUGAUGACCACAUAGAGGCGGAGACCAAAGAAGAAGAAGAAGAAGAAACAACCUACACCAUGAGAGAUAACGAAGAAGACAUUCCAGAAUACUACGAAGAAGAAGAAGAAGUUGGAGAAGAAGCUGAAAAAGAAGAAGAAAUUGAAGUAAAGGGUGUUGAGAAAAUUCAAAGAUCAAGAAGAUGUAUUGAAGGAGAUCGAAGAAACAGAGGAUUUCUAAAUUGGGAAUCUUUCUGUGUUGCCACUUCCUAAAAAAGAAUCUUUGUUUUUUUUUCUACCUUCUGAUUUCUCUGUAAUCACAGUUUCACACCCUUUUGUUUUUUUUUUC